UCCAUGGAAGGCAGCAAUCAGACGCUGGUGGUGACCGAAUUCAUCUUCCUGGGUUUCUCUGGGGUCCACAAAGGACAGUCCUUCCUCUUCCUCCUCUUCCUGGCCAUCUACGUCUUCACCCUGGUGGGAAAUGGGGUGAUCUUCACCCUGAUCCAGCUGGACUCACGCCUCCACAGUCCCAUGUACUUUUUCCUCAGCCAUUUAUCCUGCUUGGACGUCUGCUACUCGUCCGUCACCAUCCCCAAGAUCCUGGUAAACCUCUGGUGCCAGAGACACACCAUUUCCUGCAAGCAGUGCAUGGCCCAGAUGUUCUUCCUGAUGACCUUUGCAGGGACUGAGUGCGCCCUGCUAGCCGCCAUGGCCUACGACCGCUAUGCCGCCAUUUGCCAACCCUUGCGCUACGCUCACCUGAUGAGCAGGAGGGUGUGUGUCCCUCUGGCUACCACUUCUUGGAUCUGGGGCCUCCUGGACUCUGCCAUUCACACUGCAUUGGCUACCAACUUGACCUUCUGCGGGGCCAACCAGAUCCACCACAUCUUCUGCGAUGUCCCACCACUGCUGAAAAUCGCCUGCAGCGACACCUACGUCAACGAGAUGGCCCUUCAUGCGGCAAGCAUUUUCGUGGGGAUCAGCCCUUUCCUCCUGGUGGUCAUCUCGUAUAUCUUCAUUCUGUCGGCCAUCCUUCGGAUCCGCUCUAAUACCGGCAGGCACAAGGCCUUCUCCACUUGUGCAGCCCACCUAGUGGUGGUCAUCAUCUACUUUGGGAUGGCCAACGUGAACUACAACCGCCCGAGCGCAGGCUACUCCUUGGAGAUAGACACCCUGGUCUCCACACUCUACUGCAUCGUCACCCCCAUGCUGAACCCCCUCAUCUACAGCCUCCGCAACAAGGAGGUGAAGGAAGCCCUGAGGAAGGUUCUGGGGCGGCAGAAGAAGGGAUAUAAUUCACCUCACUAA